AUGGGAAAGAGGAAGUCAAAGGCAAAGCCACCACCUAAGAAGAGAAUGGACAAGCUGGAAACUGUGUUCAGUUGUCCCUUCUGCAAUCAUGGAACAAGUGUCGAGUGCCGCAUUGAUAUGAAGAACAUGAUCGGUGAAGCUUCGUGUGGUAUCUGUCAAGAGAGUUUCAGCACCACUAUCACAGGUAUUUGCCAAUCUCCUGUAUAA